CGUGAAACUAAAAUGAAAAGAAAGAUUAAACUGAACUGAAUUUAUAUGCGAAAUUGGAAAACUUAAUGGGAGAGAACAAAGAAUCAACAUCAACUUCACUGAGUCAAGGUCUAACUCGGCAUCAUGAGUCCGACCCAGAUGACAUUCCAAAGUCUCCUCCUAGUUCCCCUAAUUCCUCUACUCGCAAGGCUUGUUAUGCUGUUCUUCAGAGUUGGGUAUCGAAAAAGUUCAUGACUGGAUGUGUGGUUCUGUUUCCAGUUGCUGUAACUUUUCUGCUGACAUGGUGGUUUAUUCAGUUUGUUGAUGGUUUCUUCAGUCCAAUAUAUGCUAAACUUGGCAUUGACAUAUUUGGUCUCGGGUUUAUUACUUCACUACUUUUUAUAUUUUUUGUGGGUGUAUUUGCUUCUUCAUGGAUGGGUGCUACUGUUUUCUGGAUUGGUGAAUGGUUUAUUAAGCGAAUGCCGUUUAUGAAGCACAUAUACUCUGCUUCCAAGCAAAUAAGUUCUGCUGUUUCUCCAGACCAAAAUACUACUGCUUUCAAGGAGGUUGCCAUUAUUCGUCAUCCUCGUCAUGGUGAAUAUGCAUUUGGUUUCAUCACAUCAUCUGUUGUCCUUCAGAGAGAUGAUGGAGACGAAGAGCUAUGCAGUGUUUAUGUCCCGACAAACCAUUUGUACAUUGGUGACAUAUUUCUGGUAAAUUCAGAUGAGAUUAUAAGACCAAACUUGUCUAUUCGUGAGGGCAUAGAGAUCAUUGUUUCAGUAGGUAUGACAAUGCCACAGUUGAUAUCUUCUAUACAAAGGAACCCUCAUCACAGCAUUAGAAUCCCUAUGAACAGAAUCAUAUGAAGGUACUGAACAGCAAAUACUCUAUGAACAGAAUCAUAUGAAGGUACUGAACAGCAAAUACUCUUGCAAUCAUUGAUAUAUUACAGAAUUUCGGCCGUUUUCGAUUGCUUCAUAAACUGAAGCAUUUUUGUUUCGUCAUUUGAAUAGUUGAAAUGUUUUUUUUUAUCUUCGUCGACUAUCGGAAGCCAGGCUUAUAAUUUCAUAGAAAUAGAUGAUUAAAGAGUAUACUUCCUCAUGGAAAGGUGAAACCAAUAUGUAUAUUUCACAGUAGCUUGAAGCUAGCUAAUGUAAAGGCAGUUCAAAAAUAAACUGUUUUUCUGCUA